CUGUCACCUGCACAGCAUGAGGCGUCUGUGCUUCCCCGAGCCCUCGAAUGUUCUGGGGCCAGCGGCCGUGCUCAGCUUCUGCCAGUGCAUCCACACGGUCCAUUCCCUCGUCUCAUGUCAGGACCCCUGGGAUUACGGGACCAGCAGAGCUGCCUUCUCUGGCCACUGCCCGCACCUGUGGGCCCCUGUGGCAUCUAGGCCACUUGCUCUGGGGCAUUUGGGGGGCUGGGGAGGGGGUAGGGUUGGCAUCAGCUUGAUCCAGGCUCCUCAUGCCUGACCCUGGGGUCUGCACUCCCAAAUGCCAAGAGUGCCUCCCUGCCCCUCAUCUGCCUCCCACGAGUGGGCCCAGGGCUGGGUGAGAGGUCCCCAGAAGCUGCUGUGCACCUCAGCAGCCCGUCACUCUUCUUCUAAAGUAACAAAAACAAGUGCCUCAGUUCUCACGGGGGCUGCCCCCGGUCGCUGUCCUGUCUCUCUCGUUACCUGGGUCGGCUCCUUCCUCUCAGCCCCCUUUCAUACGGCAGGAGGGGAGGAGAACCACAUCCAGAUCCAUGGGGGCAGUCGGGCCCGGCUGAGUAUCAGGACACAGCCUCCCCAUUUCUGUGUGUAAAGGCUGAACUCAACAGCAGACUUUGGAGUUAAAUGUGCUUUUUACAUUUUUAUUAGGAAAAAUUUCAAACGUGUGAAUGCAGGUUAAGAGCAGUGCAGUGAACCUCUCUUCCCGCUCCCCAGACGGGGUGCCGUUCCGAGGACACGUUAGUCAUGAGCGCCUGUCAGCCACAUAGCUCAGGCUCCCGCGUGUGGGGAAACGGCACAAAUAGUUUCCUGCAGGAACCCAGUGUCAGUCCCCACACAGGGCCCAGAGAGGCGAGGGUCCCCUGGCUGGGAAUGGUGUGUGAUGGAGCUGACCAGCCUGAGCUUGUCCUGUCUCUUCUGCAGCCUCACGCCUGCUGAAGCCAGUCCUGGAGCCCGUACCUUACCCCUGCCUGGUGGGGAUGUCUUGUUCCUGAGGGAGGCCGGUGUGGAAAGCCUGGCACGGUGGUGCCUCCAGCUGUUGAAGGGUAGCACUGGCCCUCGGAGGCUGGCACCAGCUGACAGCUUUUCCUCUCUGCACCUGCCCUAAUGACCUGGGGUGGAUGCCUCUGCCUUCACUUGAACACAGAUGUGCUUCCUAUAAAAUCAUGUACCAAGAA